ACAAGACAUUUUUGCUCCAAUAUAUGACUUUCUCUCUGAAGCAACGGGAAAGAGACUCGCUGCCAAAAAGCUAGACGACGGUCCGAUUUCCGGCCCCUCUAUCUUGAGUCCAGCGUGUAGCAUAAUGUCCGAGAUGUUAAGAUUGCGAAUAGCAAUCGAAUAUUUCAGAUUAAUAAAAUAAACACGAACGAGAACGAAGUUUUCUAAAAGUAAUUACUUAACCAGAUAAUUUGAUAAUCAGUCUGACAGAUAUUCGGUAAGUCUAGCAGCAGUGUUUUUGUUUCUUAGUUAGACAAACUGGAUUCUGGACAAAAUGUAAAUUUGACGGAGCGGGCUUUCGCAGGACGUUUGUACAGGUAACAAACAUGUUAUUGACUUAACAGACGCCCGGAAACAACUACUCUGGGAAAAGCUUUCCUAUGAAUAAAGAAUUUGAAAAUCAACAAAUGUGAUCUGAUUUCAAAAUAGAAAUGCUUCUUAGCUGAAUUGAAACAUGUUCAUGAGCAUCAACCCAGGGCAGCGAAUUAGAGCUAUUAUAACCCUCUUGUUCGUUUUGUUAACUAGUCGAUUUUUUUUCAAACUUUGAGUAAAAAAACCAGAUUUUUUUCCAAAAUUAUGAUGUGUUAAUAUGGUAAGUCACCUUGUUGUAAAAGCGACAGCUGUUAUGUUUAUUAUAUUGAUUUACUUUCAGAAUUAAAAACUGACAUGAAAUGCGAACCGUACAGGGCUUACAUUAUCUGGGAUAUGUACAGAGAUGAGGGAUCAUUUUAUGAUCAAAGAACAACUAUAUCACAACUUAUAAAUGCAUCGUCACAGGGCUCAGUAAUACGUUUGUCUGUGGUUGGCGCAACAUUAAACCGUACCUAUAAUUUUAUAAAAGAUGAAUUGAAUUCCAGCUGGACGGAAUUGAUAGUUCAGAUUAAACCGGGAAAUAUACGUCACAAAAUCCCAUACAAAGUUCUGAAGACAGAAGUUUCUGAUACAUUAACUCACAACAAUAGUCUGAGAAUGGCAGAGGAGUUUUUCUUGGUUGUGAAUGGAAGAUCAAAGUUAGAAAAACAGAAGAAGACACAGACAGUGAUGAAAGGAAAAAAGACAUAUGUUGUGUUCGCAGGAAACGGAGAGCUAUCGGAUGUUUGGGCAGAGAUUGCUACGGACGAAAAACAUGUACUAGAGGACUUUGGACAAACUGACCUGGGAACAUUUUUGAGUAAUGUUUGUAAAGACUCUAGACUGUAUUGUGACACGAAUAGGUACUGGCGUGACAGCAGCACGUGUUAUAGAUGUUCGUUUAUAUGUACUACAACACCCUCUGAAUAUUGUCAGUUGGCAUGUCCAUACUUUGAACGGAAGACUGGAUGUGCUGGCAUUUCAUAUAUGGCAACUGAGUGUAACGAUCGAUUAUACAUCGUGAUGGUUCUCUCCAUAUUUAUGACAGUUCUACUAUUUUUGAUUGUUUUAAGUAUAUGUCUUGAUCUGAAGAUUAAGUAUCUUUGUAAAAGACACCGUUUAAAGAAUGAUAUUUAUGAUACAGCCAACAAAACAUUGCUACACACGGAUGAACAGGAGGACAUUCCACUGGAAACGUUAAAAAAGACAAAAAAGGCAAAAACAAUAUAAAUAUUUGAUCGGCUAUGCUAUUUCUAACAGAAUGAAAACUAUAAAAGUGAUAUAGAGAAGAAAGUAGAUGUGAUAAGCCAUGUAUUCCUUGUGAUAUCGUAUACUAGUACUUUCCAGUGGCAAUAAGAACAUGUUUUCAGCAUGUGAAUCGCUAAUAAUUUGAACUUGCAUGAAUAAAAAUUAUUUUCUGUAAUGGAGACCUUUAUCUUGAUUAUUAUUCUUUUUAGAAAUUAUAAUACAUAUGUAUACUGAGAAUAUCUUAUUGGCAAAGAGAAAGAUGCAUAGAGGAACUGUUUCACUUGACAACAUAUGUUUUAUGUAGCAUAUUCUUUGACAAUCUUUUGUUUUAUCAAUAAACAUAUGGUUUGUUUUCUGUUGGCGGUAAAAUACUUAUCACACGUACAGUUUAUAUUCUAGACGAUACCAUUUUUCUUCCCUUAAAAAAGUGCUUAAAUGAAAAGCGUACUUGUUUUUAUUUUAUUUCUUUUGAUAUCGGAAGAAUACGGCAUGCAAGAAAAAAAUCUAUCACUGGGUGAAGGUAUGAAUGGAAAUAUCCAGCUCUUAACUGUUUUGAUGUAACUCGAGUCUCGUUACCGCAUAACAACCUGGAGUCAGAUAUUUCCAGCAGCACCUUUAGGCAGUGUAUUAUAGACAUACUAAUCAUGUCUUUUGUGUGCGGUUAGAUCUAAUAACAAGCACAUUUGUUAUCUUCAAUUAUAUGAUGUGUAUUUGUUUGUUGCACCCCCGACAACAAAGUUCUAAGGGGGGUAUACUGGUUUCAGGUUUGUCUGUCUGUCUGUCCGUCCGCCUAUCUGUCCGUCUGUCCGUAGACACAAUCUUGUGCGCACCAUCUCUCCUCAUCCCCUUGACACAAUUUAAUGAAACUUCACACAAGUGAUCAGUAGCAACAGUAGUUGUGCAUGGGGCAUGUUAGGUUCUUUCAGAAAAAAAAAUUGUAGCGUU